AUGGUGGCAAAGGGGGAUUUUUUGGAAUGUUGGAAGUGGUUAUAUGCUAAAUACAGUAUGGAGGGAGAGGCUAGUGAUUUGAUGCGAUGGGUGGUUGGUGGCUUAUGGAGGAUAUCGAAAUGUCGUAACAGCUUGGUUUUUGAGAAGGUUGACAUAGAACCCCUUGUUGCCAUACAAUUGCUUAAACAACAAUGGGAGGAGUGGAUGAUAUGUGAUGAAGCACAGGUGAAGCCUUCUUCCUGUGGGCAGCAAGUGAGAAGACCAGACCCUCAUGGGUGGAUCAAGCCACCUUUUGGAACUCUUAAAAUUAAUUGUGAUGGUGCUUGGUGUAGUCGGGCGGGUAUAGGUGGUGUUGGAUGGGUGGCAAGAGAUUUUGUGGGCAUUUUCAAUGGUGCUGGUGGUAUUGGCAAUAUUCCUUGUGUCUCGAGUAUUAUGGUGGAAGCGGAAGCAAUACGGGUGGCUUUGGUGGCUUGUGUGGAGAGAGGCUUUACCUCUAUACAAUUGGAGACUGACUCUCAGGUUCUUGUUGAUAUGAUUCAUGGCCGUAUACAACUAGAGGUGGUCUUGGAUGGUAUCUUGUGGGAUAUUAAUUAUAUUGAAGCAACAAUUUGA